UCCACCCCCCACAUCUCUCUCCUCAUCCUUAACCAUUCCCACUUGCAAUCACUUUAUCAUACCAAUACCAAUCUAGUUUCAUAUUUCAUUUCAUCUUCUUCUUUACUUAUUUUUCCCUUCUUCUUUUCAAUUAAAUGGAGGAAAGUUUGGUGCCAAAGAGGCCUAGAGAAGAAGCCCAAGUGGAAGAAGAAAAAGGCUUGAACUUUGAAGAAGAUUAUUCCUCAUCCUCAAAGAGGCACAAGCCAUACAACCACAUCCUCUCACUUCUUGAUUCAGAGGAAGAGGACUCAACACAAGACCUCUCCCCUCUCAUGACAACCCUCCAACAAGAAAUCACUUGUGCCUCCAAAAAUACCCUAGAUGCCCUUUUGGUGUGCCCAACUCAAGAAAAUGACCAAAACACCCUCACAAUCACUAGUUUAGAGGACAAUAAUGCAACAACCUCACAAGUUUUGAAGGAAGAUGAAGAGAGUGACAAGGAGAGGGUCAUGAAACAUCUCCUUCAAGCCUCUGAUGAUGAACUUGGGAUUCCAAAUAGUGGGGAUGGGUUAUGGGGUUUUGAAGAUAAUGAAUUUACUAGUGGGGAUGGAUUUUCUUCUUUGUGUGACAAGUUGUGGGAGCUUGAAGAUGAAAGAGCUAACUACUAUGCUUUCUUGCAAUCUGAACUCUUCCUAGGGGGGUAUUAGGAUAGUGGAAAUUAUUAUUACCUGGGUGAAAUUCUGGAUGAGAAAAAAAAAAAGAAAGGUGAUAACAUAGUAUGUAGGCUCAAAGAUGGAGGAAUAUUUUUUAAAAUUUUAUUUAGUUUGAUUUUUUAAGGCCUCUUUUGUAAAGAUCACGGGAAGUCUAUGUUGUCAUUGCUUAUUAUCUACAGUUAGGCAGUGCCACUUUUGCAGGUCAAUCUGUACUUCCGCACUGGAAAAAUUAAUUAGAUACUCACAUUAAAAAAAAGGGAAUAUUAGACUAUUUUUUUUCCUUUCUAA